AUGUAUUAAUGGGAUUUAGUAAAUGAAUCAAGUGAUUAGUUAAGAAUGUUCAGUUACUGUUUUAUAGUGUGGAGUGCAUUAUUUAUACUUUGCUAUGAUAGAAUCAAAUUGAAUAACCUUAGUUCUAAAAAACAGAUAGAUAUCUUCAAUAGGAUAGUGUCAAUUUUACAUGGAUAAUUUACUUUUUGGGGAUCACUAAUUAUCAUACUAUCUUAAACUCCUUACUAAUUACAAGAAAUGAAUUCUUCAGAGAUGCAAUUCGUUAUGAUUGUCAGUGCAGGUUAUUUUGCAUACGACGUCAUAAUCUGUACUUAUUUCGAUUUGUAUGACUAUUGGUUGAUAUUUCAUCAUAUCAUUAGUUUAAUGGCAUUUGGAGAAAGCAUACUUAAUAAAAAAUAUGGACAUAUUAUUAUAUGUAAUAGAUUUACUCUAUCACUAUAUAGUUGGUAUGUUCAUUACUGAAAUAUCAAAUUUGCCUAUGCAUCUCAGACAUAUAUUGGGUUGUUUUGGAUUAAGAUAAACUAAAAUCUACGAAUCAAUCGAACUGCUUUAUUUCUCAUUAUUCUUAAUUUUUAGAGGAAUCCUUAGUCCUGUUUUAUUAAUCAGAACUUAUGAAGAACUCCAUGCUCCUCUUUUAAUUAAAAUAUCUGCCUCUGGAUUACUAUUGUAUUCAGCAUAUUAUAUUAUUGAGUAUUUACUUAUUAUCUCUAUUUUUAGAAUGUUUAAAAUCACCUAAAGGAAGAUUAAAUCUUAUAAGGAUAGAAAAAGAAGAAACUUAACUAUGUAUUGGUUUAUUCCUAAUCCUCUAUUACCUCAACAAAAAUACACAGACUCCAUAUUAUGA